AUGUCACACACCGGAAGGAGAGUUUCGAGGGUCUCCCUUGCGGAGAACAUGAAGCUGUCCCCGGAGAAACCAAAAGCUGCCAUUGGAGCUCGGCACAUUCAGGCACUCAUGAUGAUGGUAGGAUUUCUGUGCUGCUAUGCCAUGCGGGUGACCAUGUCAGUUGCCCUUGUAGUAAUGACAGACAAGAAAAAGCCCGAGUCCUACGACUGGGAAGCCCCGAUACCGGGCUUCAUCCUGAGCUCCUUCUUCUUUGGCUACGGGAUCACGCAGAUUCCUGGAUCCAUGGCGGCGCAUCGCUGGGGCGCCGCGCGCUUCCUCGGGCCCAUGAUCGGUAUCUGCGGCCUCGUAACUAUCGCGAUCCCCGCCGCGGCACGUUACGGCGAUUACCCUUUGGUUAUAACGUGUCGAGUUCUAUCUGGAUUCUGCCAGGGGGUCGUGACCCCGACCCUCCACACGCUGUUGGCCAAGUGGACGCCUCUGCCUGAACGGGGACGUUUCACAACCUUUGUCUAUUCGGGUGGUUGGGUGGGCAACGUGGCAGCCCUCCAGAGCUCGGGUGUGCUCUCGGCAUCGUCGAUCGGCUGGCCGAGCUGUUUUUACUUCUGGGGCGGCGCGUCUCUGGUAUGGACCGCGGUUUGGUACCUAUUCGGCCGGGAGUCGCCUGCCGAGCAUCCCAACAUACCGCUCGACGAGAAGCUUUACAUCGAGAGCAGUCUCGGAGUCGUUGAGACCGAUGAGCCGGUUUCGACGCCUUGGAGAUCGAUACUCACCUCGGUGCCGGUCUGGGCUCUUCUGGUCACCCAGUGCACCCAGGCGUGGGGCUUUUGGAUGCUUCUCACAAAAAUCCCAGCUUACAUGAACGACGUACUCAACUACGACAUACUCAGCAACGGUUUCAUGUCGUCACUGCCGUACCUGACUGCCUGGCUGGUCAGCUUUCCCGUGAGCAUAGUCUCAGACUGGGCCAUACGCACGGGCAAGGUGAGCACGCGCGCCUCGCGCUUCUUCUGCAACACCUUCGGGGAAAUCCUGCCAGCCGCGGCACUUGUUUGUCUGGCCUUUGUCGAGAACGACCAGAUCUUGGCCGUGGUCAUACUUAUUAUCGCCGUUGCUUGCAACAUAGCCGUCUACUGUGGCCACCAUGCCAAUCACAUGGAUUUGUCGCCGAACUUUGCCGGUCCACUCAUGGGACUCACCAAUGCCGCAGCUACGCUCUGCAGUAUACUUGCGCCAAUCGCUCAUGACUUUAUUGUCACGGAAAAGACUAGUUUAUCCCAAUGGAGGACGAUUUUCUUCAUGACGGCGGUGUUUUACAUCAUCGGGGCGAAUGUAUUCGUGUUCUGCGGAUCUGUCAAGACGCAGCCAUGGAACGACCCGAUAAAAACGAGAAAGAACAGUAGGACGUACGGGAUCCCGGAAGUUAUUGGCUCGGAGUUGCCAAAGGAGUUGAAAAAGAUCAACGAAAUCAAGGAGGAAGUCAGCGACGAGAAGGAAGAAAAAAUCGAGAGAUGAACCACAAUACGGGAUUCACGUGAAUCGAACUAAUAUUACAUUUUUCAUACAAGCAUUUAAACCACUCCACAUGUGAAAUAUGAAUCGUGAAUACAUUCCAAACCUAUUAGAACAUAAGAUCUUAUCGUUUAAGGCAGUAUGUAAUAGUCAUGUAAGGAGAAAAUGAUGUUGUGAUAUAUGUAAGAGUCCUUACAGGUUUAAGAUUGUUGAUGCAAAUGGAAUGUUGUUCAAGAAAAUUGAACGAACGUAAGUCACACAAAAUAAAAUUGCGUGAGUUACAUUACGUACGCAUGCACGAGUGCACUUAAAAAAAAACAAAAACCAAAAUAGUUAAUUGCAAAAAUGGAAACCUCAGCUCGGUUAUGUAGCCUAUGUCAAAAAAAAAAAAAAAAAAAAAAAAAAAAACACGCAUACUUACACUCACUUGGCUGUCUAUAUUAUAUACAUGUACGGGGUCAGGUCGGUCAGGAUCUGGAGGCCACCCUUAGCACACAGGUAACACGUAUGUAUGUGUAUACCGGUGAAUAAUGAACAUUGAACAAGUGAACACGGUUACACAGACUCGUUCUCGUGUGUUUGUAUAAUAUCGCGCGGUGCGGCCUGCUAGUAAAAACAACAAAUUAAGAUGUAUCUCUGAAAUUAAAAAAAAAAAAUAA